ACAUCAACGUGCAUUCAGUUCACCGAUCACCUCCUUCACAGUUUGACAAACCGCAGCUGAUUAACUUGGUCAACAAUGCUGAGGUGCUGCAACUUGUCUCCGGAGGAACGCUUGAGUAGAGAAAUAGAAAAAGAGCUUAGAAGGGACCAACAAAAAUUGAAAAAGGAGGUGAAGCUGCUGCUUUUAGGUACCGGUGAAAGCGGGAAGAGCACCUUCAUCAAGCAGAUGAGGAUCAUCCAUGGCAGUGGAUACAGUGAAUCUGAAAGGAAAGGUUUUAUCAAGCUGGUGUGUCAGAACAUCAUCACAGCCGUCCAGGCUCUGAUUGAGGCCAUGGAGACUCUGAAGAUCGACUACCUUGAUGACGAAAAUAUCAGCUAUGCAGACAAACUGAGCCCAGUGGAUUCCACCGAGGUGUAUAGGUUAGAUUUCUGGCAGGUGGAUGCAAUUAAGCGAGUAUGGAGUGACCUCGGGGUGCAAAAGUGUUAUGACCGGAAGAGGGAGUUCCAGCUGUCAGACUCUGCUAAAUAUUAUUUGAGUGACAUAGACCGAAUCACGGCCCCAGAUUACGUUCCCACUCUGCAGGACAUCUUGAGGGUCAGGGUUCCCACCACGGGCAUUAUAGAAUACCCGUUUCCCAUGAAAUCAGUCAUAUUCAGGAUGGUGGAUGUCGGUGGCCAGCGUUCACAAAGGAAGAAGUGGAUCCACUGUUUUGAAAACGUCACCUCCAUCAUAUUCCUGGCAGCCCUCAACGAAUACGAUCAAGUCCUUUAUGAGAGUCAGACAGCUAACCGACUGAUGGAGAGCCUCGCCCUGUUCAAGACUCUCAUUUCAUCCAAUUGGUUUAAGAAGUCCUCCACUAUCCUGUUUCUGAACAAAACGGACCUGCUGCAGGAGAAAAUCAAAACGUCACAUCUGGCAACUUACUUCCCAAAGUACAACGGGCCUCAAUGCGAUGCUGAAUCGGCAAAACACUUCAUCCAUCAGAUGUACAUCAAGCGUCACAAAGAGCAGGACAAACCCCUCUACACACACUUCACCUGCGCCACCGACACCGAAAACAUCCGCUUUGUCUUCAGAUCAGUGGAAGACACGAUCUUACAAGAGCAUUUGAAACAUUUGGGAGUUUUAUGAGCCAGAGCCAAAAGUUGUAAUGCUUCACAGAGAAGAACAUCCAUGCUGUCUUCAAACCAGUCAAAAACCAAUUUUCCUUCAACUGCUGCCUUUUUUAAGCCCCAGAAUGAAAGGGCUUGUUGGUUAUUUGGAUCAUAACGUCCUGGGGAUGAUUACAUAUUCCAGAAAUUUCAAUGAAUAUUUUAUUGAGGAAGAAUGCCACAUGUCCUGGCCUACAGCUUUGAGAGGCGGAAAUUAAAAAUAGCUCUGCAAGCAUUAGAUUACACUGAUGCUAAUGUUAAUGUGUUCAGUGAAAUAAGUAGUUUUGCUCCCAUUGUCUUCAUUACAUGUUUUAAAUUGUGUUAAAGUAUAUCUGUUUGACACUUUUAGAUUGUACAUUUCAAACAAUACACUCUUUAUGUUUUAACACGAUUCAAUUAAAAGACUGUUCAGAAGCUGUUCUAGCUGCUACAUUUGGAAGAAAUAUAGAUUUUGUCUUUUA